GCGAAGCUUGGAGAGAAACAUCCUGUCAGCUCCAUCUCCGGGUAACAGAACCGGCACCUGCCUUCAGCUGCCCUUAGCCCCCGUUAGCUGCCGUUAGCUCCCGGUGUCAUGUGUGAGAGCAGGACUGUACCGAGCGGGAAGGUUUACCGGCAGCUGUUUGACGCUCAGGUUCAGCUGUCCAGAUCUCUGAUGGCAGGACGGAGAGACACAAGGACAGACUGUCUGUUUGCGGAGGACAGUGAGACACACUGCAGUACCACUAGCAGGUUGUUGUGUCUCUCCAGCAGGGGGCAGCAGGACGACGACGAAGAUGAUGAUGAUGAUGAGGUUGAUGAUGUCAGCAGACUCCCUGACUCUGUGGUGGUCGAUCGUCCGAGCUCUGACAUCAUCCAACGACUGACGGAGAAGAAAAACAAAAAACACAAAGAAGCUCUGAAACAGCUGGGAACAGAACUCACACACCUGAGCCAGGUGUGUGAGACUCAGGUGAGGAGCGUCAGUCAGCAGCUGCUGUCCUCUCUGCAGGAUGUGGACCUCAGACUGAAGAUGUUGAAGGACAGGAUGGACCAGCUGGACCAGCAGGAUCACGUCAGCCUGCAGGACGUGUGUGUGCUCUGGGAGCAGGUGGAGCAGCAGGUGAAGCUGAAGAAGAGCAGAAUCGUGGAGCUGAAACACAAACUGAGUGAAUGUGAGACUGGACGAGCCGACGAGAUCAGAGUCGUGCUCAGGAAGUUCCUCCACCUGCUGCAGAACAUCAGCUUCCUGUCUCCACCCGAUGCCUGCAGACUGAUCCACACCCAGGCCACGAUGUUGAACCAGUCUCUGCUGGCAAACCGGCGCAGCGCGGCCCGGCUGCUGCUGCUCCUGCAGGAGGAGAACCUGCAGCAGGAGUCGCUCCUCCGGCUGCACUGGGAGGACUGUCUGAGCCACUGGAGGAGGACCAGGGUCAGCCAGGUCAUAGACCGCUUCAGGAGUCUCUGCAGCGGAGAGGAGGACCAGCUGAUCCCGGGUCGGCUGGUCUCAGGUCAGCUGGAACAGGAUCUGACCCAGCGGCGUGAUGACAUCAUCUAUCAGAUGUGCUCCCUGGUCCCGCCCACCUGCUCCACUGCUCUGGUCUCUGAUUGGUUCAACCAGCUGACAGCUGUCAAUCAACAGAUCGACUGUCUCCAUGCUGACCUCCUCCAUCAGAUCAGAUCUUCCUAUGAACAGACGUGGGAGGACCGUCUGUCGUUGGUGGAGCGCUGCCAGGAGGAACUGUCAGCGUUACAGCUGUCGGAGGACGAGGUGCAGGAAAUCCUCAGCUCACAGCUCCUCCCUCUGAUUGGACGAAGACAGAGUCAGGACGAAGAGAGAAUGGCUGCUCUAGACGUGUCCUGUGACUGUGUGUCCCGUCAGGCUGUCUCUCUCAGCAGGUGUGUGUUUGUUGUCCUGAGAGGAGCAGCUCUGCUGUGGGAGACGCACCGCCGCGACAUAGAGAGAAGAGAAGAAGAACUACAGCAACACCUGGACCAUCUGAGACACUCACAGCAGCUACACACACAGAGGAGGAAGCUGCGUCUGGACGACCUGCUGGGUGACCUCCGUCAGCAGAGCAGCGAGGACGCUCUGAAGACAUCUCUGGACAAAAGUGUCCUUUACCUGGAGGAUGUCAGAGACAGCUACAGACAGUGUGUGUGUGAGCAGUGGGAGGUGUUGGAGUGUCUCCCGUCGCUCCUCCUGGAGGAACUGUUCUCCUACAGCCGCCGCCUCGCCGCCUUCUUUCACCUGAGCCACGCCUACACACCGAGCCCAGAAGAGCUGCAGAAGCUCCACCCAUCACUCAGUCAGCUGACGGAGGAUCAGCCAAUCAGAUGGCAAGGUGACACAGGCCAUGCCCAGCCCUCUGAGGAUUGGCUGGCUGAGGAGGAGUCCUCUCUGAUGGAUCUCUAUGAUGUCAGCAGUAAUGUCACAUUUACAUCAUCCGGGGGAGUGGCCUAUAGUGGCCCUGCCUUCAGCUGCCCCAGCCCCGACCUGAAGCAGGACACACACCUGAGCCUGUUCCCCACAGAGCUGCUGACACAGACACUGAGCAGGGUGCGGACUCUGGUCCUGGACCAGCUGCAGCAGCAAUUUGUUGACGUCCUCCGCUCGGCUGUUGCCGUGGUGACGGAGAGGAAGGAGGCGGUGCGUUCGGAGCAGGAAGUCCAUCUGCAGCAGCUGAACCCAGAACACAUCCAGACACACAUCUACCAGCCCCGCCUGGCUGAGCUGCAGCUCCACAGGCAGCAGGUGGAUAGUCUCUGUGAGGAGGUGCAGGAGGUGCUGUCCUCCUGCAAGGUGGCGCUGCAGGAGCUUCAGACGUCGGUCAACAAGAAGAACCAGGAGCUCAUCGUCCGUCUGUCCAACAUGGAGGACGCCAUACUGACGGCGGACAGCAGCCGCCGGCUGCAAGCGCUGAGCUCCACCCUGCAAGACUGUGUGGAUGAACACAUGAAGGACACUCAAAGCUGUCACACGUCCUUCAGUCUGACGCUGCACAGCAACCUGCAGCAGCUCAGAGGCAGGACAGCACACCUGCUUAGCUCCUUCAGGCUGUUCAGUGAAGGAGGAGACUUUGCUCCUCAGGAGGUGAAGCUGUUCCAGAGGAGGCUGAAGGAGGAGACCAGACGGAUCAGUGUGACGGAGGAGAACCUCCACUCUGAGCUGGAGCUGUUCCAGUCCAAGAGUCUACAGCAGGUGAAGGAGGCGUCCGGCCGUCUGGAGGAGAAACUCUCCCUCCUCCAGUCUGAGCUGGACUUUACAGAGAAGACCCAGAGAGUCAUCAACAGCACAAGGGUUAAAAUCAAGGCUGAGGCAGCUGUCAGUAACCAGCAGCAGUCUGUCCUCAGCAACCUGUUGGAGGAUCUGAGGAGGAUGAAGGAGAACACAAAGGUGUCUCCAGAUCAGGUGUGUUCUUCCCUGUCAUCAGUCAUUGAAGAACUGAAGAAGCGUUUCCAGUACCUGGACCUUUCAGUGGAAACCCUCUCAGCUGAUCCUGAGUCCAGGAGGCCGGUCCAGGUCCAGUCGGCCCCUCUGGGUUCACUGCAGACAUGCAGGACAGGGGUGGAGCUCCUGGAGGACCCUGCUGUUAGUGUCAUCAAGACCCUGAACAGGCCCUGUGGAGGCAAGGAACCAGCUGCUGCCGCCGGUCAGAGUCCAGCCCAGCGUCCUGCUCAGAGAGUUUCUGAGUCCGUCAGCACGCUGAGGAGGGGCUGCAGGUCCAUCAGGGCAGAAAAAAGGUUCCAGGUGUUUGGAGCAGAACCAGAACAGAACCCCUGCUCCUUCAGCUCCAGAGUGGACUCGUUGCUGUGGAUGGCCAGUGAUGUCCUUCUGCAGGUUGCCGAGGAGUUUUACCUCAGUGAGCGUCUCAGCAGGUUCCAGCUGCUUCCAGACAGUUUGGACCAAUGGGCUGAGAGCACGCAGCAAAGGCUGCUGGGAUACCAGGAACAGAGCAGGAAGUUCCUGAGCACCAGCAGAGAGGAGGUGGUGUCCCAGCUGUCUGUCUUGGACGACCUGUUGUCUUCGUUACCUGCAGUUUUGAUCAGUAACCAUGAGCGACAGCAGGGGGCGGGGCUUAUGGAGGCGGUCGGGGGAGUCAGACUGAAGCUGGAGGAGACGAUGGCAGCCAGCGAGGAAGAGAAGCGUGUAAACGUCCGUCAGCUGCGAGUGUCUCUGAGAGAGGACGAGCUUCAGGCUGUGAUCAGCAGAGAGGAGGAGAGACAGCAGCAGCUGGAGAAAGACAUCAUCUGCUGUCACCUGGAGCUGCAGGUGUGUCUGCAGGUCAGGGGGGAGGGGUUUGUGACGUCACUGUCCUCUCUGGUGGAGCAGCUUCUCCAUCAGCUGGACGAGCUGCCAACAGGUACCUCACCUGAACACCUGAAGACACCAGCUGACCUGGGACAGAGAGGCUGUAGCAGGACCUGGGCAGGUGUCCCCUACCUGACUCCGCCCACUGAUGUCACUGACGACCCUGCGUCCAUUGUUACCACGGCAACAACAGCAUCCAUCACAACGACCAGGUGCACCCUGGGACAUCAGAGGGUGAUCGAACAGAGAGACGCUGCUGUGAAGAGGUUCCAGCUGAUCUUCAGUUCAGAGUUUCUUCAUUCAUUUGAAGACAAGCAGAGACACCUGAGUGAGCUGAAUAGCUGGAACACACACUGGAGACAGCAGAUACACACUCUGACACACACACUCUGAGAUGACCUUUGAUUGGCUGAGUAACAGUGAUGUCAUCAGCUGUGUUGAUGUUAGUUAAUAAUGCAGAGACGAAGAGUCAGCAGGUGGAUCUCGUCUCGACACAAAUACUGUUUUCUUUAUUCAUUAAAAUAAUUCUGGGCCUCGUUUA